AUGGCGCGGCGGGCCGGGCCGGGCCGGCGCUCCCCGCCCCGGCAGCCCUGGCGCGGGCUCCCGCGGCCCCGCUCCGCGCCGUGCGCCGCACUCACCGGCGCGCCGCGCUCCGGCCCGCUGCGCGGAGGUGGCGGCGGCCGCCGCGGGAGGAGCCCCUCGUGCCGGUGCGUGUCGCGCGCACUGCCCCGCGCGCCGCCCGCCCCGCGCUCCGCGCGCCGCCCGCACCAUCCUCGUUACUUUCUCUUUUGCUACCGCGUAAAUGUACGGCCCGGCGGGGGCGUGGCCCGCGCCGACGGGCGGCCGCGCCGACCAAUCGAAGCGCGGGGGCCGGCCCGGAGGCGGGGCGAUAACGUCAUCGGUAGCCAAUGGGGAGCCCCGGAGCAGCCGCCCCUCCCCGCGGACGGUCGGGGGCGGCCCGUGUGCGCGGCCCCGCGGCAGCGCCCCCCGCAGGACGGGGCGUGCCCGGGAGCGCCCCGCGCUCGGCCGUGGCCGCAGCCCGCGGGAACGGGGGCCAGGAGAGCAUCAGCCCCGCUCCCGGAGUGCGGAGACAGCGGGGAGUGCUGCCCGUCCGCCCCAGCCCCGCCGCAAGAGGCUCGCCAGUGA